CGCACGUGCCAGCCUGCCAACAUUUAAAAGUGCGUCCAGACGAGCGAACGGUUUAUUUGGUACAAACUACGUUCUUGCUGCAGUCCGACCGGAAGAAAAGGUUAAAAUGCUGCCGGACGCCUUUGGCUGCUCAGUGGCCAACAGGUUCGGGAACCUUCUGGAUGACGAUGCCGACCCGUUCGACCUGAUCAGCGAAGCAGAAACCGAGAAGGAGAAGAAGAGGAGGCAGAAGAAAGAGGAGGAGGAAAAGAAAUGUAAACAGAAAAAAUCUGGACAGAAAGAGACCCAGAAGGACAGGCGUGUCCCCGUCCCCGUCUCCGUAGAAGACCCAAUUCCGGUGCGCAAGCAAGGGGCACACGGCAUACUGGCUGAGAGCAACAGCAGAGGAGUACAGAGGGGCAUGAGGAAGGCUGCUGUCGGACAGUAUAGGACAACCAGGAUCAAGAGGACUACCCACCAGAGUCUGCUUUCUCAAAGUAUGUUGGCACAUUUGAUUUGCUUUGUCUCCAGGACUUGGUUUAAUGCCACCUAUGACACCAGAAGUAGAGGGGGCACCAGAGCUGGGAGAGGACAAAGAGGUGGAGGAGCAGGAUACAACAGGAAUUCUGAAAACUUGAAUCUGAGGGGAAAGAGGGAAUAUGAUAGACACAGUGGAACUGGUGUUUCUCCAGAGGAGAAGAGAGGAGGAAGAGGACCCUGGAACUGGGGCUCUGUUGAGGACACUGCAGGGGAGUUGAUGGAGGUGCCUGAGGUGACAUCCAAUGCCCCAUACAAACCUGAAGAAUCCCAAUCACCAGUAGAUGCUCAGAUCCAAUCUCCAGAAGAGACUGAUACAGAGAUGCUUGUGCAUGUUGCCAUGGAAAUGACCCUAGAUGAGUGGAAAGCACUGCAGGAGUCAAGCCGCCCCAAGGCUGAGUUUAAUCUUCGCAAAGCAGAGAGCAAGAUUCCCUCAAAGGCCAGGGUCAUCCAGUCAAAGCGCAAAGAGGUUAAAAUGCUGCCGGACGCCUUUGGCUGCUCAGUGGCCAACAGGUUCGGGAACCUUCUGGAUGACGAUGCCGACCCGUUCGACCUGAUCAGCGAAGCAGAAACCGAGAAGGAGAAGAAGAGGAGGCAGAAGAAGAGAGGAGGAAAAGAAAUGUAA